AUGGAAUCAUUAAUUUUGGAAGAUUUAGGAAAUUUAGGAAAAUCCAUUUCUGUUAAAGAAUUUAGAAAAGCAAUUAACGGUGGACCAAAAUCCAUCAAGUACACUCAAUUAGUUGAAUGGAUAACCAAAGAAAUUCAGAUACUAUUGGGACUUGAAGAACAUGUAAAUUCUAUAAGCUCCGAAGCAGAUUCUAGUUCAUUCUUAUUGGAAGUUAGUAGUUUCUUAAAAGAAUCUCGUUGUUCUUAUAACACUCUUAUUGAUGGCCACUUUGAAGAUCGUUUAAAUUCAGAUGAAAACAAGUUACUUUUAUUAGAUUAUUUGAUUGGUGAAUUAAGAGCAUCUCGAAUAAUAAAUGCUAGCACUACUAAUACCAAAUGUAAUAUGCAAGUGACACUAAUUGAGAGCAAUACAUCUAAAUAUGUUAAAGAGAUUUUAAUGACUUUAAAAUUUCCUAAGCCACCACAAAAUAUUACCACUUCUUCUUUAUUCAAUAAAGUUGAUACUAAAUUGCAAGAUAUUCUAAAAACCGUUCCACCUGCAUUAAUUGGAAAGUCAUUAGUUUGUAAUUCAUAUAGUAGUGAACAAUGGAAAUACAUUAAUAAAAGUAUAGAACUUCUUAAUGAAGAAUUUAACAUACGAAGCAAAAUGUUGUUAACGAGACUCGAUGUAACAGUACAAUCAUUUAAAUGGCCCGACAGACUAAAAAAUAAAAAACAAAAAUUGGAAGAAAUUUAUCAAACUAAAUUAAAUCUUAUAAACAAAUUACCUAAUUUUUGUACAUCUGAUUUUCUGUUGGCUAGAGAUGAUUUAGCAAUUGUUGAAAAAACUUCUAGUAUGUUAGCUGUACAAAAUACAAAUUCAUCAGUUAAUAAAGUUAUGAUUGGUCAAGUACCUGAUAGAGGUGGAAGACCAAGUGAACAACAAGCACCACCUCCUGAGAUGCCUAGUUGGCAGCAAAGAACACAAUCACAAGGAGGUAGAGGUAGUCAAUCAAAUAGAGGAAGUCAGUCAAAUAGAGGUGUACAGUUUCACAGUAGAGGAGGUCAAGGUGGAAACCCACAAAAUAGAGACAACCAAUCAAAUAGAAACUCUGACAUUGGUGGUUUUCAAGGUGGAUCUAACGUUUACCAGAUGACUGAUGGAUUUCAAUUAAUCAGUGUUGGCAAUGAAAGCAGAAAUUUUCAUCAAAAUAAUAGACGUGGGCGAGUGCAAGGUGGGUGGAACAAUAAUCAGUCCAGGGACUUCCAUAGUAGCAAUCAUGAAGGGCAGAGUAGGGCGCAUGAUAAUUACAGUCAAGGUACCAAUCAAAACAAAGGAUAUGAUAAUAAUAGAUUCCAAGGUACACCAAAUGAAAGACAGUGGGGCCAGGAUCCUCAGAAUUAUUAUGGCAAUAGCCAAGAUCCUCAGAAUUAUUAUGGCAAUAGCCAAGCUCCUCAGAAUUAUUAUGGCAAUAGCCAAGCUCCUCAGAAUUAUUAUGGCAAUAGCCAAGAUCAGUAUGGUGGCAAUAAUAGAGAGUAUACUAGACAUGAUUCUGCAGAUGUAAAUAGACGUGGUUACUCCAAAAGAGGCAGAGGUCAUAAUGGACAAACUUAUUACAAUCAACAGAGAAAUAACUGA